UCGAUGUAAUUUGAUUAAAUCACAACCACACAAAGGCCGCUAAGGCUUUCGAAUUUAACGUAUUCUACCAGAGCAACGAAAAGUAUAGAUUUACCGGUAUCUGUUCAUUUGUGGCGCAAUAUGCAAAAUGCCACCUGCAGAUCAAAUGCUAUUGUUCGCAACAAACGUAAGCCAUGCAACCAGUAUUGUGACCGCAGCCGCAGCCGCAGCCACAGGAACAGCCGCAAAUAAGUCUAUCAGCACCGCGCCAACCUUAACUAUCGCAGUCAAUGCGAGCAUUUCGCUAGCAGGUGAUAGUGCAACCACAUUAGUGGAUUUGGUGAACGUAAACAAUACUGCUUUAAAUAAUCGCAACGUAUCAGCAUUUUUGAAUAGCGAGUCACCGCAAUGCAGUCCGCCCAGUGAAGAAUGGUAUGACAGUUAUUUUGGUGUAAAAUUGGCUGUGCCCGAAUGGGAGGCCAUAUUCACCGCCAUUAUACUAUCAGUGAUAAUAGUGUUGACCGUUAUUGGAAACAUUUUGGUCAUUCUUAGUGUAUUUACUUACAAACCGCUGCGCAUUGUUCAGAAUUUCUUCAUUGUAUCGCUGGCAGUGGCUGAUUUAACGGUCGCCCUACUCGUGCUACCGUUUAAUGUUGCUUACUCAAUAUUAGGUAGAUGGGAGUUUGGUAUAUAUUUGUGCAAAAUGUGGCUUACAUGUGAUGUCAUGUGUUGCACCUCUUCCAUAUUGAAUCUUUGCGCGAUCGCCCUAGAUCGUUAUUGGGCGAUCACCGAUCCCAUUAACUAUGCGCAAAAGCGUACUGUAGGACGUGUAUUGCUGCUAAUAGCUGGUGUUUGGCUACUAUCAUUGCUCAUUAGCUCGCCACCAUUGGUCGGCUGGAACGAUUGGCCCGAAGAAUUUACUAGUGCCACGCCUUGCGAAUUGAAUUCUGAUCCCGGAUACAUAAUCUAUUCAUCGUUAGGCUCAUUUUUCAUACCGCUCGUCAUAAUGACUAUAGUUUACAUUGAAAUAUUUAUCGCUACCCGAAGACGACUACGCGAACGAGCUCAAGCGGCCAAAAUAAACACAAUAGCUUUGCGCUCAACUGCCACAGAGGUUACGGGCGCCGGUGCCGUGACCGCCAAUGGCAAAUCGUCGACUAUCUCAUCAAUUUGCUAUAAUGUUCUAUGUUGCGGCAAAGAUUCGGCCAAUUUCUCUACGCCUAUGAUUCAAAACGAUCAAGAUUCCAUAAGUAGCGAAGCAAAUGCAGCAAACAACGAAACUACACGCGCUCAGGCCGCUGAGCAUCGAGUGAUGGUGGUUACGCAACGAAAAAAGUCGCGUAGAUCUAAAAUAAAAGAUUCCAUUAAACAUGGAAAGUCCCGAGCACGCAAGAACCAAGAGAAAGCCAAUAAUAGCGAACUUAACACUCAAAAUCCCAAGGGGAGCGGUUGCGGCACGGAGAGUUUACUUUUGGCGGUGGGCGCAACAAAUCGUGAUGGCGAUAAUCAAGAAAUAUCUACUGAAAGCGGAAGUGAUCCGAAAGGAUGUAUGCAAGUGUGCGGUAGCAAUGACAAUGAAGCCACCAUUGGCGACAUUGAGGACGAGAAUGUCUCAUUAAAAAUAACACCACCACAAUCGUCAGUUGGCGCCACAUCUUCGUUAGCUGUCCCAUUGCAAAAGAAACCUGCUGGCGUUUAUCAAUUCAUCGAAGAGAAACAAAAAAUUUCACUCUCAAAAGAACGUAGGGCAGCCAGAACAUUAGGCAUUAUUAUGGGUGUAUUUGUUAUAUGCUGGCUACCUUUCUUUCUCAUGUACGUAAUCUUGCCAUUUUGUGACGACUGCUGUCCAACCAAUAAAUUUAAAAACUUUAUCACAUGGUUGGGUUAUAUUAAUUCGGUAUUGAAUCCGAUUAUCUAUACAAUAUUCAAUUUGGACUAUAGACGGGCAUUCAAAAGACUUUUGGGAUUAAAAUAAAUCAAAACUAAAAAAUAUAACAA